UCCGACGAGUCGGUAACAGUGUUCGGUCUCUGGGUUCCAAAAUAACCCUUUUCUCUCUCUCUCUCUCUUUCUCUCUUCUCUGAGCUCGACCGUCUCUCUAAUAAUGGCUCUUCUUCUUCGCAACGCCACCCCUCGACUUGCCCUUCUCGCAUCACAGAAGGCGGCGGCGAUCCACACCACCAUCCCGGCGCUAGCCGAAUCUUCACCUCCGACUCAAUAUGCCCAGGCACCGCCUCCAUCAUCCAUAUCACCGACUGGCCUUUCCAAGACCGGUGAGUACGUGAUCUCGAAGGUCGAUGAUCUUCUCAACUGGGCUCGCCGAGGAUCUAUCUGGCCGAUGACCUUCGGUUUAGCAUGUUGUGCUGUUGAGAUGAUGCAUACGGGAGCUGCCCGUUAUGAUUUGGAUCGAUUCGGUAUCAUCUUCAGGCCAAGCCCUAGGCAAUCUGACUGUAUGAUUGUUGCUGGAACUCUCACCAAUAAGAUGGCUCCUGCUCUUCGCAAGGUUUAUGAUCAGAUGCCUGAGCCUAGGUGGGUGAUAUCAAUGGGAAGCUGUGCGAAUGGAGGGGGAUACUACCAUUACUCGUACUCUGUUGUGCGUGGUUGUGAUAGGAUUGUUCCUGUUGAUAUUUAUGUGCCCGGUUGCCCACCCACUGCAGAGGCUUUGCUUUAUGGUCUCCUUCAGCUGCAAAAGAAGAUCAACAGGCGCAAGGAUUUCCUUCAUUGGUGGACCAAGUGAAUGCUGCUGCUGCUGCAUAUAUUCACAUGAGUUAAUGCUUCUUCUUCUUCUUAUCCCAUAAUAAAAUCCAUGGUGAUGGUAGUAGUAGCAACUUUACCUUGGCAUAUUAUUGAUGUUUAUGACAAGUUUUUUUAAAUUACAUCCGACGCGAUGGAUUGGUUAAUACUUUACGUGUGUGUCUGUGUGUGUAUUUGUCGGUACCAAUCUCUUUGGACCCUUUUGUCUGCUUGUAAAGCAGUGAAUGGCAUAUCUGAUAUUUUUCU